AUGCGCUGGAGGCACCUGGCGCACCGUGCCCAGAUGCUCAGCAAGUCCAUGCUGCGUCCGGAAUGCUGGGUGAGCCUUCCCGACCACAGCACACUGGAGGUCGAAGUUGCUGGGCGGCCAAAGUGCCUCAGCUCGCAUUGCUUGUUAGAUAGCAGCUGCCACGAGCGCCACAUGGUCAACGAGCUGCUGACUCUCGCCAAGCAGAUCGAUCCCAGCUCGGCCUCCGCCCUCUUCGAAGCUACGAAGGAUCUUUUUGCUUGGCGAGACUUCCACCAAACGCCCAUGCUCUUCUACCCCACCCUUCGGCGACAGGUGUGGUAUGGUGAAGAAGAUUACCCUCAGUUGGUGCAAGAUCUGCGCCACCACUUCUCGGCCAUCAAGGCGGAGUUUCUGAAAUCCUACAGUCAGCGGGGUGGGAAGCUGAGUCUGGAGGAGCAGGA